ACAUUUAAUAAAACUUUUAAUCGGAAAAUAAAGCGGAAGUGACGACAUCGCAAAGAGACGGAAGUAGCUGAAAUUUGUAGUCUACUGGCUGGAGACGUCAGUGUAUGUCGGUCUGAGAGCAAACAGCAUUAAACGACUUGAAGCUUGUGUAAAGCCAUGCACGGUCGGGUAAAGGUAAAGUCCACUGCUCAGCAGGAAGAGGAGAAGAGGAAAGAGCGAGAGAAGAAGCUGAAAGUGUAUCUGACGGUUCGUGAUGCCAUCUUCAAAAAGAGGAGUAAUAGUGAGCUGGAUGAAGAAGCUCUCCAGCUCACGCAGCAGCUCCUGGCUUCUAACCCAGACUUCGCCACGCUGUGGAACUACAGGAGAGAGAUCCUUCUGCACCUGGAGACUGUCAAAGAGGAGGAGGAGAUGCAGAAGCUGUACGAAGCCGAGCUUCUCUUCAUCGAGUCGUGUCUGAAAGUGAACCCCAAGUCGUACGGGAGCUGGCAUCACCGUGGCUGGGUGUCGUCCCGCCUCCCGAGACCCGACUGGAAAAGAGAGCUCAGCCUGUGUGACCGCUGCCUCAGCCUGGACGACCGCAACUUUCACUGUUGGGAUUAUCGCCGCUUGGUGGUGAAGGCGUCCAGAGUUUCAGUGGAACAGGAGCUCCAGUUUACAGACCGUCUGAUCGGGUCCAACUUUUCCAACUACUCGAGCUGGCACUACCGGAGCACACUGCUGCCCCUGCUACACCCACAGCCUACAUCUGAUCCGGAAUCAGCCUGCCAAAAACACACUGGGCGCACAGCCUCGCCUCAGACACAUGGACACAGGGUGUGUGAGGAGCAGCUGCUCAAAGAAUAUGAACUGGUGCAGAAUGCUGUCUUCACGGACCCGAGUGACCAAAGCGUCUGGUUCUACUACCGCUGGCUCCUGGGAAGAGCGGAGCGUGAGGAGCUGAUUAGCUGUGUGUAUGUGAGCAGAGAGGGAGAGCGAGUCGCUGUGGCUUUCUCCAAACCUGUUAACGUGGUGAGUUUGAUGUUGUUGUUAGAUGGUCAGCCCCAGCAGGUGGAGUGGAGGAGUGUUCACCCCCAGUUUCACCACAGCCCCGUCUGGGUAAUUUUAUUGCCCUAUUUAUACACUGUGAAUGAGGAAAGAUUACAGAUUCGAAAAUCUGUAUGA